CGCUCAGCUUGACAGGUGAGGAAGCAGUUCCUGAAGUUGCGUUAUGUUAGUGGGAUGUGGUUCUAAACCAAAUAUUCUGACCUCAUAUUCCUUUACACUCAUAACAACCGGACAGAAAGCGCCUUCAUAAGACAGAGCAAGGUGGAAUAAGUAAUUUUGCGGACAACUUUAUACUUUUUGGAGGCCUGGGGGAAAUACAAAACGUUAAGCUAACGAUAAGUAGCCACCAUGUCGUGGGAAGAAAAGCCUUGUUUUCUGGCCUCGCCUGUGUGCUCUUCUCUGCUCCGUUACACUGCACUCUGAACCCGCUGAACACAACAACAAGCAGCGGUAACUUCACCUCAUCUGUCAAUGCAGCUAACAGUUAGCAUUAUAAAUUAACAACGACGGUUUAGCUUGAUAGCUUUGUGAGCCAUGGCGGACAGCUUUGGAGAGCAGUCCAGUGGUGGUGCCCUUGGCUUAGGCGUUACAGGACAGAGCAGUGAAGCUUCAAUGCUGCCGACUUUGGCUAACUCUCUGCCGGGGGGACACCCGACAUCCAGCGGUGCUCCCUCCAGCUCUAACCCGGCCUCCCCUCCUCCCACCGCGGCCGCGCAGAGUGGCCUAUCCGCUCUCGUAGCACCUAUGUCGGCUGUUACUGCGACACCAGCCGCUUUCUCCUCGCCACCGGUCGUGUCCGUGUAUCCCAGCCUACACGUCUCCUCCUCUCACCCCGGUGUUGGGCUAGGGGUUGGCGGGGUGGCAGGAGCGGGCCUUCUGUCCCAAAUCCACGCAACUUCAUGGGACCCGAGCCUCAGCACGGACUGGGACAACGAGAAGGCUUCACAGCAGUGCAUCCUGAGGAUAAAGAGAGACAUCAUGUCCAUCUACAAGGAACCUCCACCAGGGAUGUUUGUCGUCCCUGAUCCUCAAGAUAUGACAAAGAUCCAUGCUCUGAUCACAGGCCCGUUCGACACACCGUACGAGGGAGGCUUCUUCCUUUUCCUGUUCCGCUGCCCCCCCGACUACCCCAUCCACCCACCGCGGGUCAAACUCAUCACCACCGGACACAACACUGUCCGCUUCAACCCCAACUUCUACCGCAAUGGCAAGGUCUGCCUCAGCAUCCUGGGGACAUGGACAGGCCCAGCAUGGAGCCCAGCCCAGAGCAUCUCCUCUGUCCUCAUCUCCAUCCAGUCUCUGAUGACGGAGAACCCCUAUCACAAUGAGCCUGGAUUUGAACAGGAGCGUCACCCAGGGGACAGUAAGAACUACAACGAGUGCAUCCGCCAUGAGACCAUGAGGGUGGCGGUGUGCGACAUGCUGGAGGGGAAGGUCCCCUGCCCUGAUGCUCUUUGGAGCGUGAUGGAGAAGUCCUUCCUGGAAUACUAUGAUUUCUACGAGGGAGUUUGCAAAGAGAGACUGCAUCUACAGGGACAGAACAUGCAGGACCCGUUUGGGGAGAAGCGCGGUCGCUUUGACUACCAGGGCCUGCUGGCCCGCCUCAGCGCCACCCACAGGCGGAUACGGGAGAAAACCUUGGCGGAGGAGGAACACAACGAUGAGCCCUCGGACUCUGACACCAGCUCCUCAGGGACGGACCCCGACAGCCAGGGCUCCUCCCAGCCCUGACCCACCCCCACCCCCACCCCCCCCUCUCCACCCGGACAGUGCUGGACUCAAAGCCAGGUCAAGAACUACAGACAAGAGGACGGGAGGAACAAAAUCACAGAAGAGAAUGCUACGUCUAAGUUUACUGAGUCCAGGGUUCACCAUUGGAAUUUAGAAAGAGGAGAAUUGGUUAUUAUAUAAAAAAAAAAGAAUACCAUUCACGUAAAGUGCUGGUAAAUGUGGCCCGGAGCGGUGUGUUUGUGACACUUUCAUUUUGAUAUCCUGACUUGAUGGCUGCCCAAAUGCCUGAUAGGUGUUGAGAUGAACCAGCCAUUGUUGCUUGUGGAGGAAAAAAAAAAAGUUUAGUUUCAUGACUCAAACCUCUCAAUUUUUCCACUUUAAACCACAAUCCCUGUGGGUUCUUUAUACCUUACCUAGGAAAGACUGUCUGAUAGAGAUCAGCGAGGAGAAGCUCACUUUGGGGGGGAAGCAGGUUUGGGCCUGUGGAGCUGGACCAGGGGUGGGGGGGGUGACCUGAGUGUGCUGCGUGCGCUGCAGCAGUGAAAGGCUGCUCUUUAAAGGGUCUCCUUUGAGAUCAAGGAAGCAAAAACAGACCUUUGAGUUCAAAAAGACGGUAGCUUAGGGUGAAGCUUUGUUGCUUCCAUACAGACAGUCCAGCUUCUUACUGCUUUAACUUCCAUUUCAUUUUACUUUGAUUUUGUUGACUAAGUAGCUUUUGUUCAAUAGAAACCUGUACUCUUAUAACAAUAUUAAUUUGUCAUUGUUCAGGUGCAUGCUUUUCACCACCAGAUGUCAGGCUUGGUGAAUAUUUGGUUUUGUUUCACUAUCCUAUCAUAAGGGGGAAAUAAGGCUGAUUAGCCAAUACAUUUUCAGCUAACACUUUGUUUUGUUUUCCCUCAGCAGCCACACAGGAAAUGGACCUUUUGACAGCAUUGUUGCAGUCUGAUCACAACAAGACCUGUUCUUUAAAAAAAACAAGAGUUUGUUAGACACUCCGAAAGGAUAGGUUCAGAUAUAUUCUUAAUGUGACGCUUGCAUGCCUUAUGUUCAUUUAAUGUUCAUAAUGGCUGUGAAAAUAUAAUGUUUGAAUCCAAUUUAGCUGUGAGUGACACAAAUCAGUGGGUAUGUCUGUCCUUUACCAGCAUGCAUCUGAGCCAUGGUGGGGCGGGGGGGUUCCAUGUGGGGAAACAUCUCGGUGGAAGGUAGAGAAUAAUAAAACAAAAAACACUAGCAUCAAAAGAUUAGCUUCAGGUUAACUUUGCAAAACAUAUCUGCAGUGCACUAGUAAGUGAUCUCUCCACUGCAGUAUGGAGAGGGGGGGUUACUUAUUCAUCAAUAACUCUUGACAGAUUUCAUACAGGAUGUGAACAUUUCAAAUACAAAUCUAUCCUUUAAAGGAAGAUUCAGAUAUUUGAAAAUAUGCAUAUUCACAUUCAUUAGCUAAGACUGAUGCCACUCGAGUGUGUAUGUUCAUUAUGAGGCUACAGUUAGCUUGGCAUCAAUUUACUAGCACCUCCAAUUUUAGGGAUUAACACAUUAUAUAUCCUAUAGAUAAAACAAACAAGGUAUGUUAUCAUAUAUUUGUUACAUUUUGGACAGAGUAAGGGUAGCUUUUGUCUUUGAGCUAAGCUAACUGGGCUAGCUGUUUUUUUUAACUAAGCUAACUGGCUGCUGGCUAAAGCCCCAAUUAGCUCAUGUAUGAAAAUAAGUAUUUUUCCCCAAAAAGUACACAUUUCAUUUUUAAGUCUAGCUAUUUCAAUCAUAGUCACAUCAUGGCCGGACAAAAGAAUCACUCGUGCUUGUAGUGUUUCCUUUCUGCCUUCCAUUGUCCUCCAGUGUCUGUGCAGUCGUGUUGAAGAAGAGAAGAGCCGAUUCCUUCUGAUAGCAAACCCCGGUCCCCUAGCAGAGGCUAGGUUGCUUCGAAUGGAAUAACUAAUAUAGGGCAUUUCUUUUUUUAAUUAGUUUUAUUAUGUUAUAGAAUGGUUAUGCGAAGCAGCUCCUAGCAGAAUAUAUGUGACUGCCAAAAUGUUGAGUGCAACACACUUCCUGGAGUGAAGAGGUCAUGUCCCUGUUUGGUUGUGUUGUGUUGUGUUUAUAGCAGGGUUCCUCUGUGGCUCCAUAAGAGCCCGAUUACUGCAGAAGUGAUAUUUUCCAGGUCUGCAAAACGUUGGUAUUGUACAGAAGUUCUGGAAGUGAAGUACAGAAUAAAAUGUUGUUCAGUCCUGA